CCUCCGAUCUCUUCUUCUUUCUCAGAAAACAAACACUAGUUCCUCUGUUUCCAUUAUUUUUUCUUGGUUUGGUUUUCUUCAUCAGAAGUUUUAACUGAUAAAAACCAUACCAACAUUGCCCCCAUUCAUUCUUUCAACUAAUUACUCUGUUUUUCUUUCAAAAGUUGUUGAUAAUGGGGAAAUUACAGAAACCCAUUGUGUUAGUUUUGAUGUUUUUACACGUUCUGAGUCCUUUGAUGGUUGUUAGUGCUGGUCAUGAUUAUGGUGAAGCUUUGACUAAGAGCAUUCUGUUCUUUGAAGCUCAAAGGUCUGGUGUUCUUCCAAAUAACCAGAGGGUUAAAUGGAGAGGUGAUUCUGGUCUCAAUGAUGGAAAAUCCAGUGGGGUGAAUCUAGUGGGAGGAUAUCAUGAUGCAGGAGAUAAUGUGAAGUUUGGAUUACCAAUGGCAUUCACAGUAACGAUGAUGUCUUGGAGUAUAAUUGAAUAUGGUUCACAAAUGUCUAAGAGUGGUGAAUUAGGACAUGCCAUGGAAGCUGUAAAAUGGGGUACUGAUUAUUUCAUCAAAGCUCACCCUGAACCCAAUGUCUUCUACGGCGAGGUUGGAGAUGGAAAUACAGACCAUUACUGUUGGCAAAGACCAGAAGACAUGACUACUGACCGUCAAGCUUACCGGAUUGAUGCCAGCAGACCUGGUUCUGACCUUGCCGGUGAAACUGCGGCGGCAAUGGCAGCUGCAUCCAUUGUGUUCCGGCACUCUAAUCCGUCUUACUCCAAACUGCUCAUUACUCAUGCUAAACAGCUGUUCGAUUUUGCCGACAAAUACCGGGGUAAAUACGAUAGCAGUAUUUCCGUUGCUCGUAAAUACUACCAGUCUUUCAGUGGCUACGGGGAUGAGUUGUUAUGGGCUGCAGGAUGGAUGUAUCAGGCAACUAAUGAAGAUACAUACCUGAACUAUUUUGCUAGUAAUGCUGAUAACUUGGGAGGAACUGGCUGGGCAAUGACCGAGUUCGGAUGGGAUGUCAAGUACCCUGGUGCUCAAGUUCUAGGUGCCAAGUUCUUAUUGCAAGGGAAAGCUAAAGGAAAUUCAGAAGUGUUUGAACAACUCCAGGAGAAGGCAGAUUAUUUCAUGUGUGCCUGCCUUGGAAAGGGUAGCCGAAAUGUUCAGAAGACUCCUGGUGGCCUUCUCUUCCACCAGAGAUGGAACAAUUUACAGUUUGUUACAAGUGCUGCUUUCUUGAUGACUGUUUACGCUGACUAUCUUACUACUGCUGGGAAAACUGUUCAGUGUCCCCGCGGUACUGCUACUCCAGAUGAGCUUCACGCCAUGGCAAAAUCUCAGGUGGACUAUAUUCUUGGAAACAACCCAAGAGCCACCAGUUACAUGGUUGGUUACGGACACAACUUCCCACAGCAAACUCACCACAGAGCUUCCUCAAUCGUUUCCUACAAGGUUGACAAAUCGUUUGUUACAUGCCGUGGAGGUUAUGCUACUUGGUACAGCCGUAAAGGCAGUGACCCAAAUGUGCUUACUGGUGCUAUUGUUGGUGGACCUGAUGCUUAUGAUAACUUUGCUGAUGAACGAGAUAACUACGAGCAAACUGAACCAGCUACAUACAACAAUGCUCCACUUCUUGGUGUAUUAGCUAGACUCAAUGGUGGUAAUGGAGGAUACAGUCAGGGUGCAGUGGCAGUUAUAUCACCUAAACCAGUCGUCACUAAACCAACUCCAACUCCAGCUCCUAAACCAAAACCUACACCAGUUCAAAAGCCAAAACCAACUCCAGCUCCAAAACCUAAAUACACACCAGUUCAGAAGCCAAAACCAACUCCAGUCAAAGCUUCAUCAUCAAAGAUCAGCGUCACACAAAAGGCAACAACCACAUGGAACGCCAAAGGAAAAACAUACCACAGAUACUCUGCUACGGUAACUAACAACUCUGGGAAAACAUUGAAAGAACUAAAACUGUACAUAGACAACCUCUACGGUCCAGUUUGGGGACUUACAAAGUCUGGCAAUGCAUACACAUUCCCAUCCUGGCUCACAUCCUUACCAGCUGGUAAAAGCAUGGAAUUUGUUUACAUCCACGCAAACACUCCAGCUGCAGUGUCCGUCUCAAGCUACGCUCUGGCUUGAAAACACAAUAGAUAACAAAAGUCGACGAAGUUUUUAGAGUAAGUAAGUAAGAAAGAAGAAGUUUACUACUACAUGGCUUGUUUUUCUUGGGUUUGUAGUGUAAGAAUUGUGCAGUUAUACGACAGUCCAGGGAGAAUGUUUUUCUUUUUUAAGCAUUUUGAGUGAUUAUGGUGAGGGGAAAGAGGAGGGAUAAGUAAACAAGAGAAAGACGACAAGAGUGGAAACUUAGGGACAGAAAAGAGUGAAGAGACGGUAUCAUAUUCGAGUGCUCAUCCUCUUUCUAGAAACCCUUUCCGCUUUAUUUUGUUAUAUAUACUAAGAAUUUGAGAGAGAUACAGAGAGACUGGAAGGGAGAGAUAGUGAGAGUUGAGGGGUGCAUAUAUUAUUGAGGCGCCUCUCAAUUGCAGUUUCAUGGAGUCUUUUUUUUUUAGUUUAGUUUUUCUUUGUAUCUAAACAGCUUUCUUUUUUCUUCUUUUCUUAUGAUGUUGUAAGCUCUACAGCAUUCUUGUUUACUCCUUAUAAUAGAUUACAGUUUGUGAAAUGGAAGUACGGUUGAUUUUGUCUUCUGAAA